UAACAGCAUAUUAUAAACAUGGAGUUGUGAUUACAGAGAGUAGAAAAAUAGCAGUCAAUUACUUUUAUGGGAAUUUCUUUUUUGAUCUUACAGCAGUAAACCUUUAUUAUAAAGAGCUAGCUUAUAAUCUCAAUUACUAGUUUAUCUCUAUUCACUUCUAAAUUUAGAUUCAUCUUUCUAAUGUUCUACUUUAAAUUACCUUCAUUUUUAAGAUUUGAUGAUCAAUUAAAUGAAAUGGUAUUACUGUAUCGAAGAACGAGAGUAUUUUAUGAAGCAGGAAAACGAGUCAUUUUUAUGUUUGUUGCUUUCAAUGUGUUUUUGUGCAUCUUUUAUAUGAUUGGAUUAUAUAGUGUAGCAUCUAAUUAUAAUUCAUGGCUAACGAAUUCUGGCAAUUUUGGUAUUAUUUUGGAUCGACCCUUGCAUGAAAUAUACUUUUUUGGUUUUUAUUUUUCUUUAGGAACAGUCUCAACUACCAUGGGUUAUGGAGAUAUUGUAAAUAUUUAUUUGAAUGAUUAGUCUCCUAUGAAUAUUAUAGAGUGUUCUUGGUGACUUUUGGGAG